AUGAAAACGAACCGACGACCCCCACCUUACCCACCGCAUCCCCCUGCAGCCGCCUCAGCGGUCAAUCUGCACAAACCAGCGCUCAGCAGCAGCGUCCGCCCUGCCCCGCAGCCACUCACCUCAGGCUGCACCUCAGAGAGCUCUGCAAACCGCACGCCAGGGCCGCGACUUCCGCCCAUGAACGCCAAAGAGUUCCGGAUGGAAAAGUUCCAAACCACCUCGCGGAACCGCCAGCGAAAUUUCCGGCAGGAUUUGUCCACGCCCCGUAGGAUGAUGCGCAUGCCCGCUAACACUUUUGAAACUAAGUGCCUGCCAACAGUCAUCAUGGCGGCCCAGGUGGUUCCAGUUUCUUCGGAAACCUCCGUGGUGGCAUCCCUUUCCUCAGAGCUGAACCUCAUACCCAGGCCCCAGGACCAUAGCACCAACAUCACCUGUCAGGUGACCUUCCCUGGUGUUGGUGUUUAGGUAGCAAGGACUGAACAGCUCGUUGACACCUAUGCUCCACAGAAGCUGACCAUCAGGGCGCCCUGGGGAGAUGACACAGAACCUCAAGUCCUGCACAGUGGCUCAUCUCUGCAUAUUGAACAGGGUGAGUCCCUAAGCCUGGUCUGUGUGGCAGACAGCAACCCCCCUGCCCUGCUGAGCUGGGAGCACCUGACCAAGAGGCACCUCCAGCACUCUACGCAGCUGCAGAGGCUGGAGUUGGAGGACCAUGGAAAAUAUGUCUGCAAAGCUCAGAACAAUCUGGGUGCUCAGGAGGCCUCUGUGAGCCUCAGCGUAAAGAAUGAGAUGGAAGAUGAUGGCCUUCUGCAGCUGCUGGCACCCUCCUGCUCCUGGGAGGCUGAGGGUCUGCACUGCAGCUGCGCAUCCAGAGCCUGGCCCACCCCAUCCCUGCGCUGGCGGCUGGGGGAGAGGCUGCUGGAGGGGAACAGCAGCAAUGUCUCCUUCACUGUCACCCACAGCUCCACAAGACCAUGGGCCAACAGCAACCUGAGCCUCAGCAUGGAGUUCAGUGCUGGCCACAGGCUCAGCUGUGAGGCUUGGAAUGACAAUGGGGUUCAGAGUGCCACUAUCUUACUGCUGCCGGGUCAAGAGGUCACAAAGGACAAAUCAGAAACCAGUACAAGAGUGCUCCAAGGGGCCAUUGCAGGAGCUGGUCUCAUGGCCUUGCUUGCUAUCUGCUUCUGCCUCAUCUACUUCACAGUGAAGUUCCUCAGGAAGGAAUCAGCCCUGAAAGUAGCAAGCAUGGAAGACAACCAUCUUGCUGAGAGCCCUGGCUCCACCAUAAAUGGUUCAAGCAUGAUUUCAUCCAGUGUUUCAUUAAGAUAUCCCAACCAGAUAUUUAUCCAGGCCUGCCUAUUGUACUUGUCAGCAAAGCUCUUCCCAGGCCUGAAGCCCUGGCAUCCUCAGAACACAGAGACCAUCAAGUCUGAUUAUGUGCUGACCCUCCUUGCUCUUGUGCCCCAGCACUGGUUGGAGUCCCGGAAAGGACAGCAUGUGUUAGGGGCAGAUUCUGAGAUGAGUGGCCCUCUAAACCAAAGGUUCUGA